CCGCUCAUCUGUGCGUGCACGCGAAACAACAAGGACGACUCCCUCUCGAAUGACUGGUCUCUUGAGCCUUCAUCUCUAGCAGUAACAACUCACCAAUAACCAACUUUUGGACUUUUCUCUGGUCUGCGCUCGGAUAGCAACGGUAAAGGAAAUUUUGCAUCUCUUACUGGCGAAAUUCUGGGUGUGCAUAACAGACUUGAGGAAACAUGGCCGAUAUGCUGGCGGGACAGGAGAAGAAGAGUGGAUCAUCACCAUCUUCUGCUCAUGGCAGUGAACCUCUUCAAUCAGAUCUAGAGGCACGUAGAGCUUCUGGCACAACCCCACUGGAUGUAUUGGAAAAGAUCAAGGAAACCGACGCCGCACAUCCCAUGCACUGGUCCCUGACGAAGAAAUGGUUCGUCAUCACCGUAUACUGUCUUCUUCAGGUCUACGUUAUCAUGACAUCUACCAUGUAUGUGUCUGUAGAGACAUUUAUCCAGGCAAGGUUUCCUAGCACGACACAGGUUGUUACACUGGGACAAUCGAUGUUUAUUAUUGGAACUGCUGUUGGACCUGUUUUCUUGGGACCGCUCUCGGAUCUCGGAGGUCGCAAGUGGGUUUACGUUGGAUCGAUCUUGGUUUACGCCAUCUUCAACAUUGGAUGUGCUUUGGCGUAUAAUCUGCCCAUGUUGAUCAUCUUUUGCUUUUUGUCUGGUGUUGCUGGAUCUACUGCGCUGUCGAAUGUCGCAGGAACUAUUAUUGAUCUGUUUGGUGCCGAGGAUGGUGCAGGUCAACCGAUGGCUCUGUUUGUGCUUUCUUCCAACUAUGGAGCGAGUCUGGGUUCGCCUAUUGGUGAAUGGAUCGGCAUUAACUCAAGCAUGGGCUGGCGCUGGAUCUUCUACAUGAAUAUCAUCUUCGGCUGUGCCUUUGCCCUCGGAAUGUGCUUUAUGCCCGAGACCCUUCCAUCCGUGGUCAUCGCAAGAGCAGUCAAGAAACGCAACGUCGACGACCCCAACGCAAAGGUCAUUGCCGAAGAACUGACCAAAGUGAACGUCUUCCAAGAAAUCCGCUUCGUCUUGACAAUGGCCCUCCGCAUCAUGUUCACCGAACCUAUCGUAAUCUUCCUCGGCUUCUAUAACGGAUUCGCCUAUGGUCUUCUCUUCCUCUACCUCGACGGCGUCUUUGCAGUCUUUGUCGACAACAACGGACUCAGCUACGUCGGAGCCUCUCUUUCCUACCUAAACUUCUGCGUCGGCGUGACUUGCAUGUUCAUCUUCAUCCCCGUUCAAACCUACCUCUUCCGCAAAGAUCGCCUAAAGCACGGAAAACAGCGUCCAGAGGCCCGUUUCCUCACUUCUCUAGUCACCGUCUGGUUAUUCCCCAUAACACUCUUCUGGUUCGCCUUUACCUCGAAUGGAAAAACAUCAUACUGGUCCCCCAUCGUCGCUGGUGGCGUCCUAGGAUUCUGCGAUCCUUUACUCUGGCUAGGCAUGCUCAACUAUCUCGGCGAUACGUAUAGUAAUGUUGCAGGAUCAGCGGUUGCGGCAUUCCUGAUUCCGAGUUUCUUGAUCGCGGCGGCCAUGUGUCAUGCUGGUGUUGCCAUGUUUGAGAAUAUGAGUUCGACUUGGGCGUUUGCGACGUUGGCUUUUGUGUCGCUUACGAUUGUGGCGUUGGUUUAUAUUCUUUAUUUCUUUGGGCCGAUGUUGAGGAGGAGGAGUAAGUUGGCGACUGUUUACUAGACAUUCUUCGCCUUCUAGUCCAAUGGGGUCGUUUGGACUCGUUCUCUGGAAGACUAAGUCUGGCUCUCAAACUCGGGAUCUUUUGGCUUAUUCGUGGCACUGGCAUUCUUUUGGAUCUACACAACGCCUCUCGAGAUCUUCGUCUCCAUCUACUCUCCCUUCCUUGGGGCUUUUGUUAAACGUUUAGACAAGGGACAAAGGCGUUCAAAAACACUUUCUCA